AUGGCGACGGGUCCGGCUACUCAAUCGCUCAAGUGCGUGGUGACGGGUGACGGUGCAGUUGGCAAGACAUGUCUUCUGAUCUCCUACACAACAAAUGCCUUCCCCGGCGAAUACAUCCCCACUGUCUUCGACAACUACACCGCCAGCGUCAUGGUCGAUGGCCGACCGAUUAGCUUGGGACUGUGGGAUACCGCUGGACAAGAAGAUUACGACCGUCUCCGACCUCUCUCCUACCCGCAAACCGACGUGUUCUUGAUCUGCUUCUCGAUCGUCAGCCCACCUUCUUUUGAUAACGUCAGAGCCAAGUGGUUCCCCGAGAUCGAACACCACGCCCCCAACGUCCCCAUCAUCCUGGUCGGCACAAAGCUCGAUCUGCGCGACGACCGCGCAACCACCGAAGCCCUCCGAUCCCGCAAGAUGGAGCCCGUCUCAUACGAGCAGGCCCUGGGCGUGGCCAAGGAAAUCCGAGCACACAAGUACCUGGAAUGUUCCGCCCUGACACAGCGGAAUCUGAAGAGUGUUUUCGAUGAAGCCAUUCGCGCCGUCCUGAACCCCCGCCCCGCAGCCAAGUCCGGGCGGAAGAACAAAUGCAAGAUCCUGUAG